UGACCCAGGGCCCGGCGGGAGUGCCCCCACUUCCCCACCCACAGCCAGACCCCAGGCCAGACGGCCUUGCCCUCCCCCACCCAGAGGUAGCCGGGAGACCCCGCAGACUCCAGUCAGUCAGAACCCCGCCCCAGGUGGAGAGGAGGGGCCAGGUGGGCGGGGGCCGAGAGACGAGUCUGAGCAGCUCUAGUGAUGGGCUGCAGGCUCUGGGCUCAGCUUCCGCCAGAGCUUCCCCUUCUGCCCUCCCUGAUCAGCACAGCACGAGGGGAGAAGGAGCCUCUAGCAGGACCCAGCCUCCGGAGGCCGAGAUGCUACUCCUGCUGCCACUGCUGUCCUUGUUGUUGGGUGGGUCCCAGGCUCAGCUAGAGAAGUACUGGCUGCAGGUGCAGGAGUCGGCGUCGGUGCAGGAGGGCCUGUGCGUGCUGGUGUCCUGCUCCUUCUCCUACCCCAGGGACGACCCCAGAACUGCUUCUAACCCGGCUUAUGGAUACUGGUUCGAAGAAGGGACCAACACUGACAAGGGGGAUCCAGUGGCCACGAACAACCCACAUCGAAGGGUGCAAUCUAGGACCCAAGGCAGAUUCCAGCUCAUGGGGGACCCCAACAGAGAUGACUGCUCCCUGAUGAUCAAAGACGCACAGUGGUGGGACAGGGCGACCUACUUCUUCCGCGUGGAGAGAGGACCCAUAGUGAAAUUUAAUUUCCAGAAAAAGUUCUCUCUGGAAGUGACAGACCUAACUCAGAAGCCAGAUGUCUUCAUUCCCGAGACCCUGGAGCCCGGGAAGCCUGUGAGCAUUCUCUGUGUGUUUAACCAAGCCUUUGAGCAAUGCCCGGCCCCUUCUUUCUCCUGGACCACGGCUGCCAUCCCCUCCCAAAGAACAAGGCCACCAUCCUCCCAGUCCUCAGUGCUCAGCCUCACCCCACAGCCCCAGGACCAUGGCACUAGGCUUACCUGUCGAGUGGACUUCAGCAGACAAGGCGUCAGCACACACAGGACCGUCCAACUGAGUGUGGCCUAUGCCCCUCGAGAGCCUGUCAUCCAAGUUCUCCACAACAAUGCAUCCGCCCCAGUGACCCAGGGAAACUUCUCACAUCUGGAAGUCCAGAAAGGCCAGUUCCUGCGGCUCCUCUGUGCUGCUGACAGCCUUCCCCCAGCCACUCUGAGCUGGGUCCUGGAGGACAGAGUCCUCUCCUGGUCCUCCCCCUUGGGCCCCAGAACCCUGGAGCUGGAGCUGCCCGUGGUGAAGCCUGGAGAUUCGGGGCUCUACACCUGCCGAGCACAGAACAGGCUGGGCUCCCAGCAGGGCUCCCUGGACCUCUCUGUGCAGUGUGAGUGUGUCCAGAAGGUCCUGGGUCUGGGAGGGGAGCAGAGGAGGGUAGAGGAGGCGUCUGUCCCCACCGCGUUCUCCCGCGGAGUGUUUCUGGGAAUCGGCGUCAUGACGGUCCUCUCCCUCUGCAUCAUCCUGGCCAUCGUGAAGACUCUGAGGAAGGCGCCGCCCCAGGCAGGCGCGAGGCCCAAGGUGUCCCGCGGCAGCACCAUCCUGGAGUACAUCAACGUGGUCCCCAAGGCCGGGCGCCGGGCUCAGGAUCGGAAGGCUACACCAAGCAGCCCUUCUCGGACCCCCUCUCCAGGCACUCACUCCCCAGAACCAAAGAAGAAUCCAGAGGAGCUGUAUUCUAUUCCCCUCCAUUGCCCAAAGCCCAGAUCGUCCACCCAAGCCCUGGACCCCAAGAAUGACCCAGAGGAGCUCCACUAUGCUACUCUCACCUUCCCGGGCCACAGACCGUGGGCCAUCCAGAUGCCCAAAGACACCCACACAGAUUACCAGGAAAUCAAGUUCCACUGAGGGCUGUUGGGCUUUAGGGUUAGGACCUCAACUGGGGAGAAAGGCAGGCAAUAAAGAGGCUCAAGGAACAGGG